AUGUCCUGCCUCUCUUCUCGCAUGGGAAGCCGCUAUGCAGUCGGCGCCUUCAGCUGCGCCUCUGCCUGCGGGCCUCGGCCAGGCCGCUGCUGCAUCACCGCCGCCCCCUACCGCGGCAUCUCCUGCUACCGCGGCCUCACAGGCGGCUUCGGAAGCCGCAGCGUCUGCGGGGCCUUCCACACAGGCGCCUAUGGACGCAGCUUCGGAUACCGCUCCGGAGGCGUGUGCGGCCCCAGCCCGCCCUGCAUCACCAGCGUGUCGGUCAACGAGAGCCUCCUCACACCCCUCAACCUGGAGAUCGACCCCAAUGCACAGUGCGUGAAGCACGAGGAGAAGGAGCAGAUCAAGUGCCUCAACAGCAGGUUCGCUGCCUUCAUCGACAAGGUGCGCUUCCUGGAGCAGCAGAACAAGCUGCUAGAGACCAAGUUGAAGUUCUGCCAGGACCGUGAGAACCACCAGAGCUACCUGGACCCACUACUUGAGGAUUACAUCCUGACACUGAGGUGGAAGGUCGAGGAGGUGGAGGCUGACGGCAGGAAGUUGACCUCAGAGUUCAACCACCUGCAGGAGAAGCUGGAGGGUUACAAGAAGAAGUAUGAAGAGGAAGUACACCUCAAGCGCACUGCAGAGAAUGAAUUUCUGGCCCUGAAGAAGGAUGUGGACAACAGCUAUCUGCAUAAGUCUGACCUGGAGUGCAAUGAACAUGUGCUGCUGGAGGAGAUUAACUUCCUGCGGCAACUAUACGAGGAGGAACUCCGCGUUCUCUCUUCCCAUAACUCAGAUACCUCAGUCACCAUCAGGAUGGACAACAGCCGGCGCCUGAACAUGGACAACAUAGUGGCUGAGACCAGGGCUCAGUACAAUGACAUUGCAAUGCGCAGCCGGGCAGAGGCCGAGUCUUGGUACUGCACCAGGUGUGAGGAAAUGAAGGCCAAAGUGAACGAAUACAGGGAAACAAUGAUGCAUCACUCCAAGGAGGAGAUCAGUGAGCUGAACCACAUCAUCAAAAAGCUGACAGCUGAGAUCGAGAACACCAAGUCCAAGAACACCAAACUGGAGACUGCAGUGACCCAGUCUGAGCAGCAGGGCGAGGUGACCCUCAAUGAUGCCAAGUGCAAGCUGACCAGGCUGGAGGAGGCCUUGCAGAAGGCCACGCAGGACAUGGCCUGCCUGCUCAAGGAGUACCAGGAAGUGAUGAACUCCAAGCUGGGCCUGGACAUCGAGAUCGCCACCUAUAGGCGCCUGCUGGAGGGCGAGGAGCAGAGGUUGUGUGAGGGCAUUGGUCCUGUGAGUGUCCAUGUCAGCAGCUCCCAGAGCAGAGUCCUGUGUGGGAACCCGUGCAUGCCAGGCUCCCAGCCUGUGACAGGCAGUGUCUGCAGUGCCCAGUGCAGCAGGAAGAAAGCGGCCGCGGGUACCUCCUUGUGUGCGCCCUGUGGCCAGAGCUGCAGCAGCAGCCGCUCUGUGCGCUUCACAUAGAUUUUGCCAGUGAGCCACAGUCCCUGCAUCCGACACAGAGCUCCAAAAGCCUGGGACAUGAGGAGGAAGGGCUACAAGCACAGCAACCUAAUUCAUCCCACACUACUGCGUAUCACAUUCUCAACUCCCCCUGUGCACUUGUUUCUUGGUCUCUUUCAAGGAGGGCCAAGCUUGAGCCUGCAUCUCAACCACAGAUGUCUCAGUGACGGGUUUCCUUGCCACCCUGGGCAAAGACCCAGUCCCAGCUCAGGCCGCUGAUGGGGCUUGGACAUCUGUGGCUUCUGAGGGACAGACAGGCUCCAGAGUCCCCUGUAUGCUCUACCUCCCUCCCUGCUUCAAAACCCAGCUUUGAUGACCUGCAUUUAGGCUCCUACUGGACUGGCCUUCUAUGGUUGCCUUGCUUCCUCUCAUCCUUCACACUUGGUCUCCAGGUUUCCAAUAAAGCUCACAGUCAUGUGUAACA